AUGACGUCCCUUCAACCAACUGUCACACAGGACGGGAAGAUUAACCAGAUGAGAAGAGCAUCGUCGGUGUUGGGACCAAUGAACAAAAUCCUUGUCGCCAACAGAGGUGAGAUUCCAAUCAGAAUCUUCAGAACUGCUCACGAGCUAUCAAUGCAAACUGUCGCUAUAUACUCACACGAAGACAGAUUGUCAAUGCAUAGAUUGAAGGCGGACGAAUCUUAUGUUAUCGGCAAAAAGGGCCAAUACUCCCCUGUUGGAGCUUACUUGCAAAUCGAUGAAAUUAUUGAUAUAGCCAAACAGCACAAUGUCAACAUGAUCCACCCUGGAUAUGGCUUCCUCUCUGAAAAUAGUGAAUUCGCUAGAAAAGUGGAGGAGAACGGAAUUUUAUGGGUUGGACCCAGUUACAAGACAAUUGAUGCAGUGGGGGACAAAGUCAGUGCUAGAACUUUGGCAAUUGAAAAUAACGUUCCAGUAGUCCCAGGUACACCAGGCCCAAUUGAUGACGUUGCUGAUGCAAGAAAGUUUGUUGAAAAAUACGGAUACCCAGUCAUUAUCAAAGCUGCUUUUGGUGGUGGUGGAAGAGGUAUGAGAGUUGUUCGCGAAGGAGACGACAUUGAAGAUGCGUUUAAAAGAGCUACUUCUGAAGCAAAGACUGCUUUCGGCAAUGGUACCUGUUUUAUUGAAAGAUUUUUGGACAAGCCUAAACAUAUUGAAGUUCAGUUGUUGGCGGAUAACUAUGGUAAUGUCAUACACUUGUUUGAAAGAGAUUGUUCUGUGCAAAGGAGACAUCAGAAAGUUGUUGAGAUUGCUCCAGCAAAGAACCUACCAAAGGAAGUCAGAGACGCGAUUUUGACCGAUGCGGUGAAAUUGGCCAAAAGUGCCAAUUAUAGAAAUGCUGGUACUGCCGAGUUUUUGGUUGAUGAGCAAAACAGACACUAUUUCAUUGAAAUCAACCCAAGAAUCCAAGUUGAGCACACCAUCACUGAAGAAAUUACUGGUGUUGAUAUUGUUGCGGCACAAAUUCAAAUUGCAGCUGGUGCUUCAUUGCAACAAUUGGGAUUAUUGCAGGAUAAGAUCACCACCCGAGGAUUUGCUAUUCAAUGCAGAAUUACAACGGAAGACCCUGCGAAAAACUUUCAACCAGACACUGGUAAAAUUGAAGUUUACAAGUCUGCCGGUGGUAAUGGUGUUAGAUUGGAUGGAGGUAAUGGAUUUGCCGGAUCAGUCAUUUCUCCUCAUUACGACUCCAUGUUGGUUAAAUGCUCCUGUUCUGGAUCAACCUUUGAAAUUGCACGCAGGAAGAUGUUGCGUGCAUUAAUCGAGUUUAGAAUCAGAGGUGUCAAGACAAACAUUCCAUUUUUAUUGGCCCUUUUGACCAAUGACACUUUUAUCAAAGGUGAAUGCUGGACCACUUUUAUUGAUGAUACACCUUCGUUGUUCCAAAUGGUUAGCUCUCAAAACAGAGCCACCAAAUUGUUGUUAUAUUUGGCAGAUCUUUACGUGAAUGGAUCCUCGAUCAAAGGUCAGAUUGGGUAUCCUAAAUUGAACGAAGAAGCCAUGAUUCCGGUACUCCAUGAUCCAAAAACUGGAAUCCCAAUCGAUGUAACUCACACUCCACCACCUCGCGGGUGGAGGCAAGUGUUGUUGGAAGAAGGACCAGAGGCAUUUGCCAAAAAAGUCAGAGAGUACAAAGGAACUUUGAUCACCGAUACUACUUGGAGAGAUGCACACCAAUCCUUGUUGGCAACCAGAGUAAGAACCAUUGAUUUGUUGAACAUUGCACCAACCACUGCAUUUGCUUUGAAUGGGGCUUUCUCACUUGAAUGUUGGGGUGGGGCCACUUUUGAUGUUUGUAUGAGGUUCCUUUAUGAAGACCCAUGGGACAGAUUGAGGAAAUUGAGAGCUUUGGUUCCAAAUAUUCCAUUCCAAAUGUUGUUGAGAGGAGCAAAUGGUGUUGCCUACUCCUCUUUACCUGAUAAUGCAAUUGACCAAUUUGUCAAAGAGGCCAAGGACAAUGGAGUCGACAUUUUCAGAGUCUUUGACGCAUUGAAUGACUUGGAACAGUUGAAAGUUGGUAUUGAUGCGGUUAAGAAAGCUGGUGGUGUUGUUGAAGCUACUGUAUGCUACUCGGGUGACAUGUUGAAGCCGGGCAAGAAAUACAACUUGGAAUAUUACUUGUCUGUUGUCGAUGAGAUUGUCAAGAUGGGCACUCACUUUUUGGGUAUCAAGGAUAUGGCAGGUACUUUGAAACCGGCAGCAGCUAGACUUUUGGUGGGCGAAAUCAGAAAACGUUAUCCAGAUUUGCCCAUUCAUGUUCAUACCCAUGACUCAGCCGGUACUGGUGUUACUUCAAUGACGGAAUGUGCGAAAGCGGGUGCUGAUGUUGUGGAUGCCGCAUCCAAUUCAAUGUCAGGUUUGACAUCACAACCAUCAAUCAGUGCCAUAUUGGCUUCAUUUGAAGGUGCUAUAAAUACUGGCUUGAGUGAAUCUUUAGUGAGAGAAUUGGACACUUACUGGGCUGAAAUGAGGUUGUUGUACUCCUGUUUUGAAGCUGACUUAAAGGGUCCCGAUCCAGAAGUUUACUCACACGAGAUCCCAGGUGGACAGUUGACCAACUUGUUGUUCCAGGCACAACAAUUGGGAUUAGGUGAGAAAUGGUUACAAACAAAGGAAACUUACAAAAUCGCCAACAAGAUACUUGGUGAUUUGGUUAAGGUGACACCAACUUCAAAAGUCGUUGGGGAUUUGGCUCAGUUUAUGGUGAGUAACUCGUUGACUGAAGAAGAUGUUAAUCGCCUUGCAUCUGAAUUGGACUUUCCUGAUUCAGUUCUUGACUUUAUGGAAGGAUUGAUGGGUAAACCAUACGGUGGAUUUCCUGAACCAUUGCGUACCAAUAUCUUGGGGGAUAAGCGUCGAAAAUUGGACAAGCGUCCUGGAUUGUAUUUGAAACCAGUUGAUUUUGCCGCCAUUAAAAAGGAAUUGACAUCACGAUACGGAUCACAAAUUGACGAAUGUGACAUUGCUUCUUAUGUGAUGUAUCCAAAGGUUUUUGAAGCUUUCAGAAAACAAGUUGAAAAGUAUGGUGAUUUGAGCGUAUUGCCAACUAGAUUUUUCCUCAAGCCGGCAAAUAUUGGUGAAGAAAUUGUUGUUGAUAUUGAAAAGGGUAAAACCUUGAUUAUCAAGUUGUUGGCAGUUGGUGAAAUUUCCGAAAAGACUGGUACUCGUGAAGUGUUUUUCGAAUUGAAUGGUGAAAUGAGGUCGGUUUCGGUUGAUGACAAGACUGUUUCUGUUGAAACCAAGACGAGACCAAAGGCAUCUGCACCUAAUGAUGUUGGUGCCCCAAUGGCUGGUGUUGUCAUUGAGGUUAGAACACACAAGCACCAAGAGGUCAAGAAGGGUGAUCCAAUUGCCGUGUUGUCUGCAAUGAAGAUGGAGAUGGUUAUUAGUGCUCCAGUGAGUGGUCUUGUUGAUGAUUUAUUGGUAAGAGAGGGUGAUUCGGUUGAUGCUAAUGAUUUGAUCACCAGCAUUUUGAAGGCGUAG